GGCUGCUCUCCUCGCCAUGGAUAUGGUUGCUGGUUGCUGGGAGUGCUGCGAGUGACGCGUGGUCUAGGAGAGGGUUAAUACUUUCCUCUGCUCUGCUGAGAGGCAGGGAAGGUUACCACAGGGAUCAAUGUGAUUAAAGCUGAAGGGAAGGAAAGAUGUGCUUGUCUGCUUGCCUGCUGCUUGGAUCUGGUGGCUGAAGCUUGUGCAUGUGUGAGUGUGUGUGUGUUUUCCUGCAGAUUUUUAUACUGGAUACAACUGGGAAUGAUCUUCUGUUUGCAUUUACUGCAUUUAUGGUUUUUUUUCACCUGUGGACUUGAAUCUGGCAUCCUUGUGCUGUUCCCUUUAGCUGGAAAAUAACACACCUGGACUUCAAAGCACCCUCCUACCCCUGUGCUGCAUCCACCGGUCUGCAAGGGUUGAAUUGGAAUUAAAGGAGAGAGAGACACACCGAUCGGGUUUAAGGACAAUCAGAUUUAGUCACACAUUGCCGAGGCAGCAUCCUACAGAGAAGUCGGACUCUCCUGGCUGUCAGCUUGGAUCUAUAACCUUGCCUGUGGCUAAUAAGCAGGAGAGAGAGAGCAGGAUAAGGAGCAGGUAGCUGAGCCGGUGGCUGGGAGGACUGACUGCAGCAGGGGCAUGUGGAUACUGGCUCUCUUCUUCUUCUUCCACAGCAUCUUGAAUGUGUCCAGUGAAGAUCUACAUGCCAGCCUAUACUUUGUCAAUGCAUCUGUGCAAGAGGUAGUGUUUGCAAGUACCACGGGGACUCUGGUGCCCUGUCCUGCGGGAGGGAUCCCUCCUGUGACACUCAGAUGGUACCUAGCAACGGGCGAGGAGAUCUACGAUGUCCCUGGGAUCCGCCACGUCCACCACAACGGCACUCUCCAAAUUUUCCCCUUCCCUCCUUCAAGCUUUAAUAACUUAAUUCAUGAUAAUACUUACUAUUGCACAGCUGAAAAUCCUUCAGGGAAAAUCAGGAGUCAGGAUGUCCACAUUAAGGCCGUUUUACGGGAACCCUACACGGUUCGUGUGGAUGAUCAGAAAGCCAUGAGAGGCAAUGCAGUAGUGUUUAAGUGCAUUAUCCCCUCCUCCGUGGAGACGUACGUCACUGUUGUCUCAUGGGAGAAAGACACAGUCUCACUUGUCUCAGGAUCUAGAUUUCUCAUUACAUCCACGGGAGCCUUGUAUAUUGCUGAUGUACAGAAUGAAGAUGGGUUAAAUAAUUAUCGAUGCACAACACGGCACAAAUACACUCAAGAAACACGUCAGAGUAACAGCGCCAGACUAACGGUCUCAGAUCCAUCUAAUUCAGCCCCAUCCAUUAUUGACGGAUUUGAGCAUCACAAAGCCAUGGCAGGAGAAAGAGUGGAGCUUCCAUGCAAAGCAUCUGGGCACCCAAUACCAAAGUACCGCUGGCUAAAGAAUAAUGUCCUCCUGGAGCCGGACAGCAGAUUUCAACACACCGUUGUCGGUUUAUUAAUAGAGAACACAAGGCCGUCUGAUUCUGGCAGCUACGUCUGUGAGGUGUGGAACAAUUAUGGCAACGCCGAGGUGAUAGGAUCUUUGUAUGUGAAACAACCGCUGAAGGUGAACAUCAGCCCGAGGAAAGUGAAGAGCAGCGUGGGAAGCCAGAUCUCAUUGUCUUGUAGUGUAACUGGAACAGAUGACCCCGAUCUGUCCUGGUAUAGAAACGGGGAGAUCAUCAAUGCUGGAAAUAACGUGAGGAUCACCGGCGUUAACCGGGAAACUCUUAUCAUGGACGGAAUGGCGAAAAGUGAUAGCGGCGCUUACCAGUGCUUUGUGCGCCGGGAAAAGAUGUCUGCCCAGGAUUAUGUUCAGGUGGUCCUUGAAGAUGGUACGCCCAAAAUCAGUUCUCCAUUUAGUGAGAAAGUGGUGAGCCCCGGAGAACCUGUGUCCCUUAUGUGCAACGUAAAAGGCACCCCUCUUCCGACGAUCAUCUGGACGCUGGAUGACGACCCCAUUAUCAAGAACGGCAACCACAGAAUAAGUCAGUUAAUCACCUCGGAGGGCAACGUUAUCAGUUACCUGAACAUCACCAACACUCAGGUGCGAGACGGCGGGGUGUACAGAUGCACGGCUAACAACUCUGCGGGCGUCGUCUUCUACCAGGCUCGAAUAAACGUAAGAGGUCCUGCUAGUAUCCGUCCAAUGAAAAACAUCACGGCCAUCGCUGGGCGGGACACAUACAUUCACUGCCGUGUCAUUGGCUAUCCCUACUACUCCAUCAAGUGGUACAAAAACUCCAACCUGCUCCCAUUUAACCACCGGCAAGUGGCAUUCGAAAACAACGGCACGUUAAAGCUCUCCGACGUACAGAAAGACGUGGAUGAAGGAGAAUACAAGUGUAAUGUCCUUGUCCAACCGCAACUAUCAACAAGCCAGAGCGUCCAUGUAACUGUGAAAGUGCCACCAUUUAUCCAGCCGUUUGAGUCCCAGAGAUUCUCCAUUGGGCAGCGAGUGUUUAUUCCUUGCGUUGUGGUGUCGGGGGAUUUACCGAUUACCAUCACUUGGCAGAAAGACGGGAGACCGAUUCCAGCAAGUCUCGGCGUAACCAUCGACAACAUCGAUUUCACCAGUUCUUUAAGGAUUUCCAACCUCUCGCUGAUGCACAACGGAAACUACACGUGCAUCGCAAGGAAUGACGCAGCAGCUGUGGAGCACCAGAGCCAGUUAAUAGUGAGAGUCCCUCCCAGAUUUGUGGUUCAACCCACCGAUCAAGAUGGAAUAUAUGGCAAGGCCGUGAUACUCAACUGCUCCGCCGAAGGCUACCCUGUGCCGAAUAUUGUGUGGAAGUACUCAAAAGGCGCUGGAGUGCCCCAGUUCCAGCCCAUUGCACUAAAUGGACGAAUACAGCUUCUGACCAACGGCUCGUUACUGAUAAAGCACAUUCUGGAAGAAGACAGUGGAUAUUACCUGUGCAAGGUCAGCAACGAUGUGGGAGCCGACGUCAGCAAGUCCAUGUAUCUCACAGUUAAAAUCCCUGCGAUGAUCACAUCGUAUCCCAACACCACGCUGGCAACACAAGGGCAGAAGAAAGAAAUGAGCUGUACAGCCCAUGGAGAAAAACCCAUCAUAGUCCGCUGGGAAAAGGAGGAUCGUAUGAUUAAUGUACCGGAGAUGUCUCGCUACUUGGUAUCUACAAAAGAAGUGGGGGAAGAAGUAAUAUCGACCCUGCAGAUUUUGCCAACUGUUCGGGAAGAUUCUGGCUUCUUUUCUUGCCAUGCCAUUAACUCUUUUGGAGAGGACAGAGGGAUCAUUCAGCUGACGGUACAAGAGCCCCCAGACCCACCAGAAAUUGAGAUACGAGAGGUGCGAGCUAGGAGCAUUGCUUUGAGAUGGACCAUGGGAUUUGAUGGCAACAGCCCAAUUACAGGCUAUGAUAUUGAAUGCAAAAAUAAGUCAGACUCAUGGGAUUCUGUUCAGAGAACCAAAGACGUAUCCCCUCAGCUAAAUCAGGCGACCAUCAUUGACCUCCAUCCAGCCUCCACAUACAACAUCCGGAUGUAUGCCAAAAAUCGUAUCGGUAAAAGUGAGGCUAGCAACGAGCUCAGCAUCACAACGGAGGAAGCAGCUCCAGACGGACCCCCUCAAGAAGUUCAGCUUGAUCCUAUUUCAUCACAAAGCAUCAGGGUUACCUGGAAGGCCCCAAAAAAGCAUCUCCAGAAUGGCAUCAUGCGAGGCUACAAGAUUGGCUUUCGGGAAUACAGCACAGGUGGAAAUUACCAGUUCAAUAUCAUCGAUGUGGAUACCACUGGGGAUAGUGAGGUUUACACUCUCGAUAACCUUAAAAAAUUCACGCAGUACGGAGUAGUGGUGCAGGCUUGUAACCGGGCGGGGACGGGACCUUCUUCCCAGGAAAUCAUCACGACCACUUUAGAGGACGUGCCCAGUCGCUCCCCUGAAAAUGUCCAGGCAUCUUCCACUUCCCCUGAGACGAUAACCAUAUCUUGGUCUACACCUCCCAAAGAAGCCCUAAAUGGCAUUCUGCAGGGGUUCAGAGUGAUAUAUUGGGCAAACCUAAUGGACGGAGAACUUGGGGACAUAAAGAAUGUAACUACAACACAACCCUUACUGGAGCUGGACAAUCUAGAGAAAUAUACCAACUACAGCAUCCAAGUGCUGGCAUUCACCCGGGCAGGGGACGGGGUUCGCAGUGAGCAGAUAUUCACCCGCACCAAAGAAGAUGUUCCAGGUCCUACUGCUGGUGUGAAAGCUGCUGCAGCCUCUGCCUCUACAGUCUAUGUGUCCUGGCUCCCUCCUCUCAAGCCAAAUGGUAUAAUCCGCAAGUACAUGGUGUUCUGCUCACAUCCCUACCCAACGGUGAUCAGUGACUUUGAGGCUGCCCCUGAUUCUUUCUUCUACCGAAUACCAAGUUUAAGUCGGAACAGACAGUACAGUGUGUGGGUGGUAGCGGUGACUGCAGCAGGCCGUGGCAACAGCAGUGACAUUAUCACCGUGGAACCAGUGGCUAAAGCUCCUGCUCGGAUCUUAACGUUCAGUGGUACAGUCACAACUCCAUGGAUGAGAGAUAUCGUCCUGCCUUGCAAAGCUGUCGGUGACCCCUCUCCUACAGUCAAGUGGAUGAAGGAAAGUAACGGGACCCCCAGUCUAGUCAUGAUUGAUGGGCGAAGAAGUAUCUACAGCAAUGGAAGCUUCAUCAUCCGCACGGUCAAAGCGGAGGACUCUGGGUACUAUAGCUGCGUUGCCACCAACAGCUGGGGAUCUGAUGAGAUUGUACUCAAUCUUCAAGUGCAAGUUCCACCUGACCAGCCUCGACUCACCGUAUCCAAAACCACAUCUUCCUCCAUCACCCUUUCCUGGAGUCCCGGGGACAAUGGUGGAAGCUCCAUCAGAGGAUACAUAUUGCAAUACUCGGAGGAUAACAGUGAACAAUGGGGCAGUUUUCCCAUCAGUCCCAGCGAGAGAUUUUACCGGCUGGAGAAUUUAAAUUGUGGCACCUGGUACAAGUUCACUCUGACGGCCCAGAACGGCGUCGGACCAGGACGCAUCAGUGAGAUCAUAGAGGCAAAAACCCUUGGGAAAGGUACUGGAGUCUUGUCCUGCCCAUCCAAAGCAGGAAAGCCACAGUUUUCCAAGGAGCAGGACUUGGUCGCCAGCACCAACACAACUCGCGUGAGACUGAAUCUCAUUGGCUGGAAUGAUGGGGGGUGCCCAAUUACCUCAUUUAACCUGGAGUACCGGCCUUUUGGAACUACGGUCUGGACACUGGCCCAGAGGACGUCUCUGUCGAAGUCUUAUAUGUUAUAUGACCUGCAGGAGUCAAUGUGGUAUGAGCUGCAGAUGAGGGUGUGUAACAGCGCCGGCUGUGCAGAGAAACAAGCCACUUUUUCAACGCUCAACUAUGAUGGAAGUACAAUCCCCCCUCUCGUUAAAUCGGUUGAGGCGAGUGAGGAAGGAAUGAGUAACAACAAGGGGAUAAAGAUGCUGGUUACUAUUUCCUGCAUCCUGAUUGGAGUCCUGCUGCUAUUUGCACUACUGCUGCUUGUCAGGAGGAGGCGGCGGGAGCAAAGGCUCAAAAGACUGAGAGAUGCAAAAAGUUUGGCCGAAAUGCUCAUGAGCAAAAAUACUCGGACCUCGGACACACUGAAUAAGCAGCAGACUCUACGGAUGCACAUUGAUAUCCCGCGAGCUCAGCUCCUUAUAGAGGAACGGGACACAAUGGAGACAAUUGAUGACAGGUCUACGGUGCUAUUGACGGAUGCCGAUUUUGGAGAGUCGUCCAAACAGAAGUCUUUAACGGUUACCCACACGGUGCAUUACCAGUCGGUGUCACAGGCUACCGGGCCUCUGGUCGAUGUUUCUGAUGCCCGGCCAGGAACAAAUCCAACUACUAGAAAAAAUGCAAAGGCCGGGCCUGCAGCCCGCAACAGAUAUGCCAGUCAGUGGACUCUGAAUAGACCUCACCCUACUAUACCUGCACACACCCUUACAACGGACUGGAGACUCCCAACUCCCAGGGCCGCUGGUUCCGUAGACAAGGAAAGCGACAGUUACAGUGUCAGCCCUUCACAAGAUACAGACAGAGCGCGGAGCAGCAUGGUGUCCACCGAAAGUGCCUCCUCCACCUACGAAGAACUCGCCAGAGCUUAUGAACACGCCAAGAUGGAAGAGCAGCUGCGUCACGCCAAGUUCACCAUCACAGAAUGCUUCAUCUCUGACACCUCCUCUGAGCAACUCACAGCAGGGACUAAUGAGUACACAGACAGUCUGACUUCUAGCACACCGUCAGAGUCUGGAAUCUGCAGAUUCACCGCAUCUCCACCAAAACCUCUAGACGGAGCAAAAGUACAAACAAUGGCAGCUCCAAAGGCACACAGGCCAGGUGAUGUGAUGAACUUGCCACCUUACCUUAGAAUGGACUUUUUAUUAAAUCGAGGUGCUUCAGGAACUAGCAGAGACGUAGGACAGCCUUGCUUGGAACCUCAGAAAAGUCGCUCCCUGAAGCGACCAACUGUUCUUGAACCAAUACCCACGGAGAACCCUUCAACCAGAGAGGGACAGUCAUGGCAGCCUAACGCUGCGGCUCCAUUACCUCCUCGGGAGGGAACAGAAUUAGGACAGGCCGCUAAAAUAAGCAGUUCUCAAGAAUCGCUGUUGGACUCUAGAGGCCAUUUAAAAGGAAGCAAUCCCUACACAAAAUCUUACACCUUGGUAUAACAACAAAGACUGUAAAUACUAACAAAUAAACAUGCAAAUCAAAGCUACCUUUUUCUACUGAAUUCCAACAUUUAUAAUUUAAAGAAAAAAAAGAAAAAAGACAAAAAAAAAAAGAACAAACAAAAACAAAGAAUUGCCAAAACCUUUGAUAGAGAUAUUUACAGACAGUGCAAAGACUCGUCACCUUUUCUUUUGUCCAACUAAGAUUCAUCUUCCUGGACGUCCACCUCUUUAUAAGGAUUAUUUUAAAUCAUUUUCCUUCACCGGCUGCCACAUUUGUACCGAUUUUUUUACACCGAGGUGCAUGAGGACAACUUACUUUCACAGUACAAUUAUGGCUUAAAUAUUGAAUUAUUAUCAGCGGGAACCCCAUCGGCUAACUCGACGGUGAAAUGGAGAAAAGAAAAGUCUUUUGUUUGCACUUUUUUAUUAAGAAAUUUUGUGAAUAUUUUUUGUUACAUAGAAUAAGUGAUAUGAGAGUUUUUUUGAGGUUUUUUUUUUGACACAUUGCGUUUUGUCUUUCAGAAAUAAAAGGUCUUCUGCCUUUUCGCUGUGAUGCCUGCUUUGAUUUGCUGGCUCAGUUAUGGUUUCUGUAAUGGAAUACCUAGAAUAUGCACUCUACAAGGCUUUACAAUAGGUUUAUCUAUUUUUUUGUUCACAUUCUGUAUAUCCAUGAAAAGGCAAAUGAAACAAUACCUCCUCUUUAGUUAUCAGGUGAAAAUUUCAGAACUGUUUUUGUGAAGUUAGGCAUGUCAUUUGUCAAAGGGCUAUAUUUGAACAAUCUAAGGGCUCUGAGACUGGAAUUCCCCAGGUGUAGCAGAUUACUACGUAGUUAUAUAUGACUUGAAUUUAAAAUUUAGAAAUCUUAGCAUUUAGUGGAAAUUUAACACUCUUCAUCUAUGGGCACUUAAAGGACAUAUUAAAGGGAUACUGUCAUGGGAAAAAAAACAUUUUUUCAAAAUGAAUCAGUUAAUAGAGCUGC